AUGACCUGUCACAAAACUUUCCUUUUAAUCUCUAUGAUGCUUGCGGUCUCAGUGGUCAAUGGAGUUGACUUCUCUGUUGUCGACAACACCGGUGAUUCCGCUGGCGGAAGGAGAUUUCGAGAAGAGGUUGGUGGUGUAAGCUACGCCACGCAGUCACUGAGGGCCGCGACAGACUUCACGUGGCGUUUGUUCCAUCAAACCUGGUCAACAUAUCUCCACAAAACCAACAAUCCUUCAGACAGAAGGUCCACUCCAAAGAUCUCAAUGGUCAUGGAGAAUGGAAAUGGUGUGGCGUACAGCUCGCAAGACGAGAUACACUUUAACGUGGGGCAUCUUGCGGGUGUUGCGGGAGAUGUAAGAAGGGAGUUUACCGGCGUGGUUUAUCACGAGGUGGUACAUUCUUGGCAGUGGAAUGGUGCGGGCCAGGCUCCAAGUGGGCUCGUUGAAGGGAUUGCAGAAUUCGUGAGGCUGAAGGCGGGUUACGCCCCGGGUUACUGGGUCGGGCCAGGUCGUGGUAAUAGGUGGGACGAGUGUUAUGAGGUCACAAUGAGGUUUUUGGAUUACUGUAACGAUUUGAGGAAUGGGUUGGUUGCGGAGCUGAACAAGAUGAUGUGGAGUGGCUACAGUAAUGGCUUCUUCGUCGAUUUACUUGGUAAAGACGUGAAUCAACUCUGGAGGGAGUACGAGGCCAAGUAUGGUCAAUGA